AUGGAUGCAUGGACAGCAGAAAUUCGACGAUGGCCAAUGUUAAUAAUAUUUAUUUUUGGUGAAACAAGUAAUCUUUUAAGUGUUUUUGUACUUGCACGAUCAAAAUUACGAAAAAAUACAUGUUCACUUUACUUGCUUGGUGCAAGUAUUAGUAAUACAAUAUGUAUAUUUGUAGGUUUACUUUAUUUUGUUAUAAGUAGUGGUUUUGAAUAUUCAUUUGUAUCAAAAACUCGUGGUUUAUGUAAAUUUUUACCAUUUAUAUAUUAUUCAACAUUAUUUUUGGCUUCAUGGUUUAUUCUUCUUGCAUGUAUUGAUCGAUAUUGUUCAACACAUUUAAGAGCUAAAAUACGUCAAUUUAGUCAUAUAAAUACAGCUAAAUGGUUUAUUAUUUUUCUACCAUGUAUUUCAUUUAUUUUACAUAUUCAUAUAUUAAUAUAUAUAGAUUGGAUAAAAGUUGGUCUAUGUAGUUUUAUUGCAUUUAAUUAUCUUCUUUUUUUCUAUGCUUAUUAUGUUGCUAUCUAUGCAUUUAUGAUACCUAUACUUUAUAUUGUUUUUUCUGUUCUUACUAUAAAUAAUGUUCGAAGAACAAAGAAAACUAUGAUUCUUGUAAUUAAAAGAAAUGGAACAAAUAUUCGACCAAAAAAACGAUUACAAACACUUGAUGCUCAACUUCUUCGAAUGCUUCUUGUACAGGUCAUAUCAUUUUUUAUCUUAACUAUGCCUCUUGCAGUAUGGAAUGUUUAUCUAGGUAUUAGUUAUUAUCGACCAAAAUCAGCUGCAACAACUAGUUUAGAAGGUUUUUUAUCAGUUAAUUUUCGUCUUCUAACAUUUAUUAAUCUUAGUUCUACAUGUAUUGUUUAUGUUGUAACUUCUCGACUUUUUCGUGCGGAACUUUGGGCUCUUUUUCGAUGUCAAUGGUUUAAAAAGACAAACAAAAAUGAACGACAAUUUCGUGUAUUCUUUAUCUCGCAACGUAUUGCUCCUGCUUAA